UCACGGCAGCCCCGUGAAAAAUGGAAGUUAAAAUCCUGGUGUCCUAGCUUCCAAGGUUUCCUAAUAAACUUCAGCUUUCACCUUUUAUUAGUAGGCUGUUCUGGUGGUGAUGAUAGUCAUGCUUAAACUCUACAAGUCCAUUAUUGAAGAUGUGAUUGAAGGUGUUCGGGAACUCUUUACUGAAGAGGGUGUAGAUGAACAGGUUUUGAAAGACUUGAAGCAGCUUUGGGAAACCAAGGUGAUGCAGUCUAAAGCAACAGAAGGCUUCUUCAGACAUAGCCAGCAUUCUUCACAGUUCACCUUGCAGUUGCCACACACUUUUCAUCGUGUUUUGCAGGCUUCAUCAGUCAUCCCAGCUGGCAGAGGUUUACAGCAUUUCACGGCAGCAGGCCUGGGUGCUUCACGACCAGGUGCGACUCUUGCUCUCCCUUCGGGUAUUGCUUAUCCUAUACACGUACCAGCUGGAAUGACACUACAGACUACAUCUGGGCAGCUUUAUAAGGUAAACGUUCCUGUUAUGGUUACACAGGGCCGAGAAGCGAAUAUUCUGCAACUUCCUAUUCAGCAAAUAUUUCAGUCGGUUGGACAGCGUUCAAUUCUGCACACCAGUGGGGCCAGUGUUGCACCAGUGAACGUACCUUCUGUCCAGGCAACUGCAGAUGUGUUGCAAACUCAGAAGACUGCUGUCCAACAGACUGUGGCAGUUCAACCAAGUGCCACAGAAAAUAAACACUUGGAGAACUCUACUAGUACUGUGUUGGUUCAGCAGCCUACAGAGAGCCAGCAGCAAAUUGCACCCAAUGCAGUGCAGAAUCAGCAUGCGGAGUCUACAGAGAAAUCCCAGCAUGGCAGCCUUCAUACACCUGUGUUUAAUUCAGAAUCCUCUGAAGUGUUUUCUCCUUCUGACUUUGUUGAGGCAAACAACUCUAGCAGUUUGCUGCUGGAUGUGGAGGGGCAGUUAGAAACUGAGCCUCAGGAAUCACUACAACAGCAGGUGUCUGAUGAUAUCAUUGAGAUGAUCAUGAUGGGCAAAAGUUUGGAUGAUAACACUGUUUUGAAAGAUGAGGACACUGUUGCUCCCACGGACAAGCUGGAACCUACUGAGCAGGUGGAAUCUAAUUUACGAUCAGAGAAGGGUAUCUGCAGUGACAUCGAAGGCAUAAUUCAGCUAGACGGAACCGGUGAUGCUUCUCCCAAGGAAGAAAUGUCACACACAAAAGACACAGACGAGAGUGAAUUCAUUGGUAUUAUUGAAUCAGAGGAUCUAAAAGUUCUGGAGGAUGAGGAUGAAGGAGAGGAUGAAGAAGGUGACAGUAUUUCAAACAUGGAUUCUAGCAGCAGUAGCUGUGAUAAUGAAGAGCCCCAAAUAGAUAUUGUUGAGGAGGACCCAUUAAAUUCUGAUGAUGAUGUCAGUGAACAGGAUGUUCCAGACUUGUUUGACACAGAUAACGUGAUAGUUUGUCAGUAUGACAAGAUACAUCGAAGUAAGAACAAAUGGAAGUUCUACUUAAAAGAUGGAGUGAUGUCCUUUGAGGGUAAGGACUAUGUUUUUGCAAAAGCCAUUGGAGAUGCAGAAUGGUGAAACCUCACUGAAGUAUGUACUUCAGAACUGCGGCCUUAUUCCCUUACUAACCAUCUGUGAAACAACUGGACUUCCUAUUUUGUUAUUAAAAAAUAGACUGAAUUUGCAAAAAUAUGUAAAAUAAGUGUUCAAUACAUGCAAAUUAAAACACUGUAUUGUUACCUGCUCA